CCCUGUGCACCUACUGCACGGAGGGUACCGCUCUGCAGUGCGGCAGGUCAUGGCAUGAGAAAUCAGAAGAGGCACAGCAGAAAAGCGUUUGCCCUGCCUUCACGUGUGCCUGGAGUCUGGAACCCAAGGCUCUCGGAUUCAACUGUUCGAGAUUAUCCAGUUGGACAUGUGUGCGAGGAUUCACUCCAUGAUUGACGAGCCUUUGCAUUCUGUGAGGUCCUGAGGAAAACAUGACCCUACAGCCUUUGCUUCUGACCUGCCUUUUCCUGCUAAUCUCUGAUUCCUAUGAGUUCUUCACUGAAGCAAAUUAUUCUAGAAGCUAUCCUUGUGAUGAGAAAAGACAAAACAUCUCUGUUAUUGCAGAGUGCAACAAUCGUCGACUGGAAGAAGUUCCCCAAACGGUAGGCAAAUAUGUGACAGAACUAGAUCUGUCUGAUAAUUUCAUCAUGCACAUAACAAAUGAAUCAUUUCAAGGGCUGCAAAAUCUUACUAAAAUAAAUCUAAACCACAACAUCAAGCUACAGGCCCAGAAUGAAAAUCCUGAUGCAAAUACAAACGGCAUGAAUAUUACAGACGGGGCGUUCCUCAACCUAGAAAACCUAAGAGAGUUACUGCUUGAAGACAACCGGUUAGAAAAAAUACCCACUGGUUUGCCAGGGUCUUUAAGAGAACUUAGUCUAAUUCAAAACAGAAUAACUUCUCUAUCUAAAAAGAACACUUCUGGACUCGUGAAUUUGGAACAUCUCUAUUUGGGCUGGAACUGCUAUUUUGGCAAUAUUUGUAAUAAAACCUUUGACAUAGAAGACGGAACAUUUGAAAGGCUUACAAAUUUGAAGGUGCUAUCAUUAUCUUUUAAUAACCUUUCCCACGUGCCACCCAAACUGCCAAACUCCCUAAGAGAACUUUAUCUUAGCAACGCCAAGAUCAAAAACAUCACUCAAGAAGACUUCAAGGAACUGAGAAAUUUAACAGUACUAGAUUUAAGCGGGAACUGUCCAAGGUGUUUCAAUGCGCCUUUUCCCUGUACACCUUGUGAAGGAGGCUCUUCAAUUCAGAUACAUCCUCUUGCUUUUCAAACCCUGACAGAACUUCACUACCUAAACCUCUCUAGCACUUCCCUCCGGAAGGUUCCUGCAACCUGGUUUGACAAUAUGCAUCAUCUGAAGGUGCUGCAUCUUGAAUUCAAUUAUUUAGUGCAGGAAAUAGCCUCUGGGGAAUUCUUAACGAAACUGCCCUCCUUAGAAAUACUUGACUUAUCUUUUAACUAUAUAGAGACGAAAUAUCCACAGUAUAUUAAAAUUUCCCCAAACUUCUCUAAUCUUACAUCUCUGCAGAUAUUGCACUUAAGAGGUUAUGUGUUUCAGGAAGUUAGAACAGAAGAUUUCCAGCCUCUAAUGAGUCUUUCAAAUUUAAGGACUAUCAACUUGGGCGUUAACUUUAUUAAGCAAAUUGAUUUUACCUUUUUCCAACAUUUCCCCAACCUGACAAUCAUUUACUUGUCAGAAAACAGAAUAUCGCCCUUGGUAAAUGAUAUCCCGCAAAAUUAUACAAAUGGCUCUGCUUUCCAUAGUCAUAUCCUUAAGCCACGCUCAGCAGAUUUUGAGUUUGACCCACAUUCAAAUUUUUAUCAUAACACCAAUCCUUUAAUAAAGCCACAAUGUGCAGCUUAUGGCAAAGCCUUAGAUUUAAGCUUGAACAGUAUUUUCUUUAUUGGGCAAAAGCAAUUUAAAGCUUUUCAUGACAUUGCCUGCUUAAAUCUGUCUUCAAAUAGCAUUGGUCAACCGUUACAUGGAACUGAAUUUUCAGCUGUACCUCAUAUAAAAUAUUUGGAUUUGACAAACAAUAGAAUAGACUUUGAUGAUGAUAAUGCGCUCAGAGAAUUGCCCGAGUUGGAAGUUCUAGAUUUCAGCCGCAAUGCACACUAUUUCCGAAUAGCAGGGGUAACACAUCGUCUAGGAUUUAUUCAAAAUUUAACACAGCUAAAGGUUUUGAACUUGAGCUACAACGGCAUUUUUACUUUAACAGAGUACAAUAUGAAUAGCGUGUCCCUGGAAGAAUUAGUUUUCAGUGGAAACCGCCUUGACCUUUUGUGGAAUGCUGAAGACAGCAGGUACAGGAAGAUUUUUAAAUAUCUCGGGAAUCUGACACGGCUUGAUUUAUCCUUUAAUAACCUCCAGCGUAUCCCAGAUGAAGCAUUCCUUAACUUGCCCCAGAGUCUCACUGAACUGUAUAUAAAUAAUAAUAAAUUACAUUUCUUUAACUGGACGUCACUCCAGCAUUUUCCUCAUCUCCACUUGCUUGACUUAAGUGGAAACAAACUCUCCUCUUUAACUAAUAGCCUAUCCAAAUUCACACCUUCCCUUCGGACACUGCUACUGAGUCAAAACAAGAUUUCCUACCUGCCCUCUGGCUUCCUUUCUGAAGCCAGUGGUCUGAUACACCUCGAUUUACGUUUCAACAGGCUAAAGAUGAUCAACAAAUCCACACUUCAAACUAAGACCCCCAUCAAUUUAGCCAUUUUGGAACUUGGUGGAAACCCUUUUGAAUGUACCUGUGACAUUGGAGAUUUUCGAAGAUGGAUGGAUGAAAAUCUGAAUAUCACAAUUCCUAGAUUGGCGGAUGUCUUGUGUGCCAGUCCUGGGGAUCAAAGAGGGAAGAGUAUUAUGAGUCUAGAGCUAACGACGUGCGUUUCAGAUACCAUCGCCGCGGUGUUAUGCUUCUUCACAUUCUUUAUCACUGUCACAGUGAUGUUGGCUGCCUUGGCUCACCAUUGGUUCUACUGGGAUGUUUGGUUUAUCUAUCAUGUGUGUUUAGCUAAGGUAAAAGGCUACAGGUCUCUUUCCACAUCCCAAACUUUCUAUGAUGCUUACGUUUCUUAUGACACCAAAGAUGCCUCUGUCACGGAUUGGGUGCUAAAUGAGCUGCGUUUCCACCUAGAAGAGAGUGAAGAAAAAAAUGUGCUCCUCUGUUUAGAGGAGAGGGAUUGGGACCCGGGAUUAGCCAUCAUCGAUAACCUCAUGCAGAGCAUAAACCAAAGCAAGAAAACAAUAUUUGUUUUAACCAAAAAGUAUGCAAAAAACUGGAAUUUUAAAACAGCAUUCUACUUGGCCUUGCAGAGGCUAAUGGAUGAGAAUAUGGAUGUGAUUGUAUUUAUUCUGCUGGAGCCAGUGUUACAGCAUUCUCAGUAUUUGAGGCUGCGGCAGAGGAUCUGCAAGAGCUCCAUCCUCCAAUGGCCUGACAACCCCAAGGCAGAAGGCUUGUUUUGGCAAAGUCUGAAAAAUGUGGUCUUAACUGAAAAUAAUUCACGGUAUAACAACUUGUAUGUUGAUUCCAUUAAGCAAUACUAACUGAUGUUAAGUCAUGGUUCACCAACAUAAUAAAACGCAAAGCAAUUAAAUUA